CGGCCCGGCCGACGCGACCGGUCCGAUCUGAUCCCCGGCGCGGCCCCGUCAUCCGGCCCGGUAGUGAAUCGAAACAGUGUCAGUGAGAGAGAAAUUGGCUGAUAAGAUGAGGUUUUUGCUCAUUAAAAAUUGACCAAAGAAGGCAAACACGACUCUGAUCCAGUUGAUGAACCAGUUCUUUCAUUCAAGCAAAGAUUGUGUUAGGUAAUACACUGACAAUCAUUAUGGCUGUGACUCCUACCCUGAGGUCUCGCUUCCAAGGGUGUCUAGUAGCUGCUGUGUCAGGCGAUUGCCUUGGUGCUCCCUAUGAAGUACAUGGUGUUCCACAGCUAGACACUUUCGGGUCCCUGACAGCAUUCUUUCAACGGAUCGGAACAGAUAUAAAAGAAAAAGAUUACUUACGAUACACAGAUGAUACGGCAAUGUGUCACUGUAUAGCUGAAUCACUCAUUGAUAAUAGGGGCAAUUUCAACAGCAAGGAUCUAGCUAAGAAGUUUGGGACAGAGUACACUAAGGAGCCUCAAAGAGGUUAUGGAGGCAACGUAAUCUCAGUCUUAAAGGCAUUCAAUAAAGACCUAGAUGAUCCCUUUGAACCAGCAAGGAUGCAGUUCAAUGGAUCAGGUUCCUAUGGCAACGGUGGAGCCAUGAGGGUGGCCCCUGUCGCACUCUGCCCCGAAGUCAACUUUGAAAAAAUGAUUGAGGUUGCUAAACAGACUGCUCUUUUGACUCAUAGCAACUACCUUGGUUAUUCUGGAGCCAUCCUUCAGUGCUGUGCAAUCCACCUAGCUUUGCACUCUGACCCCACAACCUUUGACACGGAUGCUUUCAUCGACAGACUUCUAGAGGUGAUGGAGAAACAAGAUGCCCCAGAUUCACCUGCUGCUAAGGUGUCACGGACAAGUGAUAACUCUACAACCGCAGGAAGCCAGGGCAUAGAGUACUGUAGAAGAUUAAGGUUAUUGAAGCCCCUCUUAGAGGAAGAUGCUAAUAUCAAGAAAGUAGCAGCUGAAUUAGGAAAUGAAAUAUCAGCUCACAAGAGUGUACCAGCAGCCAUUUAUUCCUUCCUCCGCUGCCGGACACCGGUAGAAGGCAUCGAUAACACCAACGCUCUUGAGCGCACCAUCCUCUAUGCCAUAUCUUUGGAUGGUGAUACCGAUACGAUCGCUUCAAUGGCAGGGGCCAUCGCUGGGGCAUUCUAUGGCAUUGAACCCAUCUCUGCCGACUGGAUGAAUGUGUGUGAGGGAACAGAUGUAGCCAUUCUACAGGCUGAUGCCAUCUAUGAUAUACACUUUGGAAAGAAUGAGAAAACCUAGUUUCUUUAGGAUGGUUGGAUAUGGUUUCCAUGAAUUAGCAAUAGAACUGAAAUAUACUGAAUAACACUGCAGACCUGCCAACCAGUACGUUUUUGGCGUAUUUAGUACGUUUUUGCCACCAAAAUACGGCAGUACAUUUUUUCUUUAAAAAUAUGGUUAUUAGAUCAAUGUAAUUGCAGGUAACUUUUUUUUUAAUGCAAGAACAGUGCGCAUUUUAGCUUGCAUGUAGCUUGAGCGCCGCGAUGAGUGAGUGCGCCACGCAUUUAUUAUGAAAUACAUUUUUUGGGGGAAAAAUACACUUUUUUUAAUCACAGAAUACACUUUUUCAUUUCCAGAGGUUGGCAGGUCUGACACUGUUGUUUUGCUAGGGCCAUGAGGAUCUCUGGAUGGUGUGUGCGGUCUAUUGGACAACACCAUUAUGAUUACUAUAGAAGUUUUAUUUUUCAGUACUGUGUAAACUGUGAUUGGGGAUGAUUUUAUUUGCUAGAUCAUCUGUCAAAAUUUCUGUAUAUGGACAUUGUUAUAUAUAUGAGAAUGAAACAAAUAUUGAAUAUACACACCUGGGAAGCAUUUCAUGAAUGAACAAUUAUUUGUAUUCGUUUAUGUCAAAGUCUGUUGUAUGUGACAUUUACCAUUGUACUAAUUAGAUGAUUGUGCUUAUAAUUCGAGCAUCUUUUUCACAUAUCUACUGGACUAUUAUCAGCCAAUGAAAAUCAAGUAAAGGUACAUUGUACCAUGUGGGGGGAUCAAUAUCAAAAUAUUAACUGAAGGUUAGAAAGUAUAUGGAUCUAGUUCAUAAAACUUGGACAUAAGGAUAAUCAAGUAUUACUGAAAAUCCUGCCCAAGUUUCAGGUCAUAUGAUAUGACCAAGGUCAAAGGUUAUUUAGGGUCAAUGAACUUUGGCCAUGUUGGGGGUAUUUGUUGAUUUCCAUCAUAACUUUGACAGUUUAGUGAUCUGGUUCAUGAAACUUAGACAUAAAAGUAAUCAAGUAUCACUGAACAUCCUUUGUGAGUUUCAGGUCACAUGACCAAGGUCAAAGGUCCUUUAGGGUCAAUGAACUUAGCUUAUGUUGGGGGAAUCAAAACAAAAUCUUAACCAAGGUUAAGUUUUUUUAAAUGUCAUAACUCUGAAACUAUAUGGAUCUGGUUCAUGAAACUUGGGAAAUAAUAUUAAUCAAGCAUCAGUGAACAUCCAGUGUGAGUUUCAGGUCACAUGACCAAGGUCAAUGAACUUUGGCCAUGUUGGGGGUAUUUUUUGAAUUGCCAUCAUAACUCUGAAAGUUUAUGAAUUUAGUUCAUGAAAUGUGGACUGAAGUCCACAUCACUGAUCGUCUUGAACAAGUCUUCGGUCACACGAUCAAGGUUAAAUGUCAUUUAGGGUCAAUGAACAUAGUAUUUUAUCAUCAUAUGAAUGGUGUUUUUUGUAAAUGAUUCUAUAUUCGUUUUCAAAGUCAGCACUGCUGCUAUAGUGAAUCGCGUAAUGAAGGCGAGACUGCCAGAGGCGGCUCACUUGUUUUCCUAUAAGGUUAGAUCUCAUGUAAUAAAACAAACUAUCGCUUGCUCCUUGAGGUGAAUGAAUGUUCUAUCUUUCCUCAGCUUCGGUCAGAAGUAAAGCUAUAUAUCCAGCUUGCUUUGAAGUGAUGGUUUGCCCACCACCUGCACCAUUAAUGAUUAUUUGCAUACUAAUAGUAGCAGAUCUGCUUUAAGAGGUGUAAUUACAAUAGAGGUUUUUCCAAGUGGUUAAAAAUAUAUGAUGAAAUCAAAUUUCUUUCUGAUCUACUUUGUUCUGAAAACAUUGCUUUUGUUUUGAAGACAUUUCUUGAUAUUAAUAAUGAGGUUAUAUAGUAGGGGAGGGGGGGGGGGGGCUUCCAUUAUUCUAAUGGAAAAUAGUUAAAUUUUGGUUUAAUGAGACAGAGAGGCCAGAAACUGAUCUGUGUGAGAUGCUCACAAAAUUGUCAAACAAUAAUACUUCUAUCAAAAUAAUAGAAUCUAGUGCUUGUCUUUCAUAAUUGUGACAGUUUUAUUAUCAAAUUUCAUAAUGCUUUCGUUCUAAAUGAUGAACUUAAAAUAUUAAACUUUUUUGUAGACAUAUAA